ACUGCGCAGGAGCAUCCCGGACGCCUUUGCUUGGGCAGGGUUUGCCGGUCAGGGCUGGUGCCUCCAGCGCGUUGCCUCCUCCGAGAGUCCGCGGCGCCUCACGGACCAAAAACUUUCUAACUGUCACUAGGAUAAGUAGAACAAUGUGCCUUCCCGUUUUGAGCAUUUUGCCCAACUGGGUGCCGACAGGCAUGGCGACAUGUCCUGGCUCCCGGCUCUAAUUGGAAGCACCGCACUCAGGAUUAUGGUAAGGUGUGAUGUUUUGUAGAGAGACUAGAAUGAAAAUGUGUCUCGGAGAAGAAUGACCGUGGUCAGCCGACGCAUAUAAAGGUCACAGCCGCCAAAUACGAUGGAUAAUCGACGGAAAAAGAAGCUGACCUUCUUCACCAUUGGGCUGAUUUUUCUGCUUAGCGGUGUGGAAUAUGCUGUAAUAUUGCCCACGAUAUGGAGGUACUUGCAGACUCUAGAUGCAGCACCUUAUUUCCUGGGUUUGGCCCUGUCAGCAUUCAGCUUGAGUGGCCUCCUCUCAGGACCACUGUUUGGCCACUGGUCCGACAGAACGCGAACCACCAAGAAGAUCAUCUUGUUUGCCAACGUUUUUGAGAUUGUUGGUAAUUUCAUGUAUUUCAUGGGCUACUCCAAGUGGCUCUUACUGUCAAGCAGAUUGGUAGCAGGCAUUGGCACAGGUGCUGGCUCAUCUAUCUUUGGCUUCCUGACCAGAAGCACUGCUCCAGAGGACCGUGCCACAGUAUUUGCUGCUGUUAUGGCAUGUCGACAAGCUGGCCUUCUGAUUGGUCCAGCAUUUAACAUCUUCCUGAGGCUGUGUGAUUUCCACCUGGGUCCUUUUGUAGUCAAUAAAUACACUGCGCCUGGGUUGUUCAUGUGCCUGCUGUGGAUUCUCCUUCAGCUGGCGGUGGUCUUCAUGUACUGGGACCUACCGCCUCUGGAGAGAAGGAAGGCACAGGAGAGUUCAGUAAGCAAGAGCGGGGAAGAGGAGAACGAGCGCGGGAUUAUGGAAGAGGAGGAAGAGGACAAUGACGAGGGAAAGCCGCUAAUGAGGUCCCAUGAGCUGGUGGGGUCCUACGGCUCAGUGGUGACGCUCAACCCCUCGAGAAACAACAUCUCUGCUGCCUCCAAUGCCACACUGAAUAAUAUCUCGCCUCAUCCCUCUCCACGGCCAUCAGGGACCUAUGAGUCCUCCAGCCCCUUUAAGAAUUUCAGCAUAUCCCGAGAGUUCUUGAGAGAAGAGGUGGUUGUGCUGCUGGCUGCUCAGUUCAUCACCCUCUUCAAUCAGACAGCCCUGGAGACCAUGGUGACUCCACUGACUCAGAAGUACUUUGGCUACGGCGAGCUUGAGAACAGCGUGAUGUACUGCCUCUGCGGCGUGGAGGUGAUCGCUGGCUUCCUCUUUGUGCGCUGGCUGAGCCGGCGUGUUGCUGAGCGGAUGGUCCUGGCCAUCGGUUUGACCAUCUGCAACAUCUCUGGUGUCUGGUGCCUCAUCUUCCUGGCUAACCCACUAGGUGGUUUUCAAUGGCAGCUGACUGAGUUCAUCAUUGGGGUGUUUCUGCAGGUUUUGGGUUUGCCAUUUGUAGCCGUGGCCCAGGUUUCCCUCUUCUCCAAAGUCACUGCUGAGAGAACACAAGGUUUCAGUCAGGGAGUGCGUCGCUCAGUGGGAGGUCUAGCUACCAUCCUGGGCCCUCUGUGGGCUGGUGGCCUCACCGACAACAUGUAUGUCAUGAUGGGGGUGAUGAUGGCACUUCUGGCAAUGCUAACGAUGAUGCUGGCUUUCUCAUAUGACCGUCUGGUCGAGCCUGCUGCUGAGGAGCGAGCAGACAGCCCAGACAGCUGUGGUUAAUCCAACAUAAAAAGUGGAUAUGGAAGCAAACACCUCACCAGCUCCGGACUGCUUCCCUAAAGCUUGGACUUUUGUGUGCAGAGGCAGAUGAAAGUACUGUUUUGGUGUAUACGCAUAUUUCCCAUGGAAAUAUAGAAUCCAGAUGGCACCACAUAUGCAAGCUUCAGCUGAGAAUUGUUUCCAUCCAUUUGUGUUCUGCAGUACCAACUAGGUGCAUCGCACAUUCUGCUUAACUGUUAAAUGACUGUUUAAUUCAUUAACAUGCCAAAUGGUUUUGGAUUUAGUUGACCUCUGACCUUGUGCUGCAGGAGAAUCAAUCGACUGUUUCGCCUUCAUACGUAUUACCUCAUCUGCAAAAACAGUCAUCCAAAAUAUUUAUCAGCUCCCUGAGCAGAACUGGCUUGGUAAAAUUACCAAAAGCAAUGUUUUUACCUGUAAAAAGUUUAAUUGGCAGGCAGAAAACCGGGGUUUAUUUGCCUCUAAAGGGGAAACAUUCAAAGGUUUGAAUUUUACUCUGCGGACGCAUCAGAAGGUUUUCAAACUUGAUGAAAUAUCAUUCCAGUCCGCUUAUUUAUUCACAUGCAAUUCAUCUUCGUCCAUUAUACUGAAGGUCUCUCCUUGAAAACACCUAAAUAUUUACAAAAACUCUGUUUGAUUUUCUUUUGCAAGUUGUGCACCGAUCAACCACAACAUUAAAACCAGUUGCGGAUUCUAAUGUUGCGGCUGAUGGAUGUAUUUAUUCAUUUAAAUUUUUCAGAGUGGCCUCCGUCAUUGAAGCAACGUGUUGGGUCAAUCUCUUUAAGACCUCCUACCACUAACAUACAAGAAAUGAAUUACUGUGGGUUUUAACUUUUUUUUUUUUUUUUUUUAACACAUGGUGAUGAAACUGUUUCAAAGGUAUUUACAACCUGACAGUAAUAAAUUUUUCAGGGAAACAUUCAAUACUUGUAGUCUUUGUUUUGAAAUGAACACAUUAGGAGAUAUUACACUUUGGCUCAAUAUCAUCUAGCAGUAAAUUAACUCUACAAAUAUUUGAAUCUGCUUUAAAAAAAAAAAAAACCCUACAGAUAUCUAUCAAAACUUAAUUGAAGGUGGC